AUGGGCAGCUGCGUGAGCAAGAAGGCCGCCGGCGCCAAGGGCAAGGUGGCUGCCCCGCUCCCGGUCGUGGAGAAGGAGAACGCCCAUGCCCAGCUGCCACCGGUGCUGGAGGUGGAGGCCGAGGUCGAGGAGGAGGAGGUCAAGGAGGUGGUGCUGUCCGAGACGCCGGUGCCGCGGCCGCCCAGGCCGACGCCGCCGCCGGAGCCGCGCUGCGUCAGUGGCGUCGGCUGCCAAGGAGAGAAGGCGAAGGCGAAGGUGCACGAGGCGGCCGGAUGGGAGCGGGAGCGGGAGGUGGAGAAGAGGGAGCUGGACGCGCCGGAGAAAGGAAAGACUACGGCCAGGAGGACGGCGCCGGAGGAGAGGGAGAGGGAGAGUCGCAAGCCCAAGGGAGGCGGCGCGGGCGGCGGUAACGGGCACGGGCGGGCGCGGUCGCCGUCACCCUCGUCGGCGCACAGGAGGCAGCAGCAGAGCGGCGGUCAGCAUCCGCCGGCGCCGCGGCCGCGGCGGGAGCAGCCCGCGGUGGUGUCCGGCAUCGGGUGCCGCAGCGGCCGGUUCUCGCCGUCCGCCGCGCGGCGCGCCGCCGACAGCGCCGCCGCCGUCCGGCGGACGCACUCCGCCAGGGAGGCCGACAUGGCGCUGCCGUCGUCGUCCAAGCGGCCCCUCCUCUCCCUCACCGCCGCCGCCGCCAUCAACCGCAAUGUCGCCGCCGCCAGCCACGGGGGAGGCAGCGCCAGCGCGCUGUCCAGACGGGACCCCGGCGAGCGGUCCGGCCGGCGGUCGGACUCCCCGACGGGCAGUAGGCGCGCGCCCGCCUCUCCCAGUCCCAGCGCCGCGAUCCACCGGCCCGCCAGCCCCAUGCGCAAGGCGGCCGCGAAGGAGCACGGCACCCCCGAGCGAGCCAGUCCGGUUCCGCGGGUCAUUAGAGACGGUCGCGGGCUCGACGCCGCCAUCGGUCGCGGCGUCGGCGACGAGCGGGCGGCGGCGUUGUUGGGCGGAGGAGUAGGAGGGGAGCAGAAGAAGCUGGCGGAGGGCGAGGAGGGCGCGCCGCUGGGCCACAACCCCUCGGUGGCCAUGGAGUGCUUCAUCUUCCUCUAG